AUGAAUAUACAAUCACUUAAUGAAACUGAGCUGGUAGAUAAAAAAAAUACUCAUGCUAAAACUAGUUGGAUUUGGAAUUAUUGGAACGAAGAAGUGCAUGAAAUACAAGGUGAACAGCGUCAAGUGAUAGUCUGUAAAGUUAUAGAUGAUAUUCAUCAAACUCCAUGUGGAAAAAUAUAUAUUCAAAGCCGUGGUUCUACUGGUAAUGCAAUAACUCAUUUAAGAAAUCAACAUGAUAUUAAUAAAAAUGGUAAAAUUAAUAAGUCAGAUAAUUUAGAAAAACAAGAUGUAAUAGUACACAGGCGUCAAUAUUCAGAGAAAAAACAACAAGAAUUAC